AGUCGAAUUUCUCUACUGAUUCUAAAAGAAAAGCAAAACAAAAACCAGAUCGCCCACUCUACUAAAUACAAAACCUCUUUGAAAUUCAACUGAAUCAAUUAAGUAAAGAAUGGCUAGAUACGAUCGCGCAAUCACAGUGUUCUCCCCGGACGGACACUUAUUCCAAGUGGAAUACGCUCUCGAAGCCGUCCGUAAAGGAAACGCCGCCGUCGGUGUUCGCGGCACCGACGUCGUCGUUCUCGGCGUUGAAAAGAAAUCCACCGCUAAACUCCAAGACGCCAGAACGGUGAGGAAGAUUGUUUCUUUGGAUAAUCACGUGGCACUAGUGUGUGCUGGGUUGAAAGCAGAUGCGCGUGUUUUGAUCAACAGAGCUCGUAUUGAAUGUCAGAGCCAUAGGCUUACUGUUGAGGAUCCUGUGACUGUUGAAUAUAUAACACGUUUUAUUGCUGGGCUGCAACAGAAGUAUACACAAAGUGGUGGUGUGAGACCGUUUGGGCUUUCCACCUUGAUUGUUGGUUUUGAUCCAUACACUGGAGUCCCAUCUCUUUAUCAAACUGAUCCUUCGGGAGCAUUUUCAGCAUGGAAGGCGAAUGCUACCGGAAGGAACUCAAAUUCAAUGCGGGAGUUUCUUGAAAAGAACUAUAAAGAAACUUCUGGCCAAGAAACUGUGAAGUUAACAAUUCGUGCUUUGCUUGAAGUUGUCGAGAGUGGGGGCAAAAACAUAGAAAUAGCUGUGAUGACAAAGGAGCACGGACUGAGGCAGCUUGAAGAAGCGGAAAUUGAUGCCAUUGUCGCUGAUAUUGAAGCAGAGAAAGCAGCAGCUGAGGCUGCGAAGAAGGCACCUGCAAGAGAAUCCUAGAUAUACUGUACGAGUGAUUAGUUUCUCUGCUGCUUCAUUGCAUUGUUAUUUUUACUUUUAACUCGUUUAUUAAGCAAUGGCUUAUUUCAGGAUUUUAACCCUCUCUUGAGUAGUUUCCGUCUUGUCUUUUGGUUUAGUUAUUAGUAAAUUAUACUAAUACACUUGUCAUGUUAAAUUACUAUAUGUGGAAUUGGCUGCUCGAUGAUCUACUAGUUUUGUUGAUAA